GCCAUUUGCAACCUGCAACCUUUUUUGUUUGUUGGUUCUUUGGUCAAUCAUUUUCUUCACCUUCUCCGAGAAUUCGUUUAAAAAAACAAAAUCGAAGAUGUCGUGGUUAGCUCGAUCCUUGGCGAACUCGAUUCGUCUGGAUGAAGAGGACGAUGAUGGCGACGAUGAAGAAGAAGAAGAGGGCAACCUCGAAAAUGACGCCGUAUCCGACAACGAGCAAUCUUCAACGAGACGGGAAGAUUCUCUGGGAAACGCCAAUUUAUUGUCGUCUUCACCGGAGGACGUGGAAGAGGAGGCUCACGCGCGUGGAGUCAAGGAUGACCUGACCGAACUCGGGCAAUCCCUCACGCGCAAAUGGCGGGGCGUGGCGAACUUUCUCGCGCCUCUUCCUGAUGCUGCUCCCCGAUUCGGAGGAGGAGGAUCGUCGAUCGAUCUUUCGGAUUCGGGUUUGAAUCGAACUGAGCCGCCGGAUUGGUCUGAAUCGAGAGCGGUGGGUGAUUUGCCGGAGAUCGAAGAUAGAGCCGGUAGAUUGAACACGGAGAAAACUGAGAUGGCUUUGGAUUAUCGUCCCUUUAGAUCGGUAGGAGACGAUGAAGAAGAUGAUGGGGAAUUUGAAGAAGAAGAAGAAGAGGAGGAGGAGACGGAGGAAGAGGAAGAGGAAGAGGAAGAGGAGGAGAUCGAUGCGGUUGGUGUUACAGAUGAAGUGCUUGCGUUCGCGAGGAACAUUGCGAUGCACCCAGAAACCUGGUUGGAUUUUCCUCUUGACCCAGAGGAAGAUCUCGACGAUUUCAACAUGUCUGAUGCUCAACAAGGGCACGCUCUAGCUAUUGAGCGUCUAGCUCCGAGGUUGGCUGCCCUCAGAAUAGAACUCUGUCCAUGCCAUAUGAGCGUGGGUUACUUCUGGAAAGUCUAUUUUGUUCUUCUGCAUUCAAGACUACAGAAGCGCGAUGCAGAGAUUUUAUCUUCACCUCAGGUGAUGGAGGCAAGAGCAUUAUGGAUGAAGGAGCUUCAGAAACAGACAAACCCGGAAACCGAUUGGUUCGGGAGAAGCAUUUCUAACGUAAAAGAGAGUAGAGAUAUACGGGUCGAAGUCGCUACUCCGUCCUCAUCCAGCUACUUUGCUCCUCCCGAGUUUCUUUCUCCGAGAAUAUAUGCUUUUGAACCGCCUUCCAUUAUGACACAUGACUAUCAGACAGUGAAACACAUGUCUGGAAAAACGGAAGCACAGUUCAUAGACAAGGCUGUGAUUGAGGAAGAACCACCACCAGCCCACAAAAAAGACACGACCAUUGGCCGAUCACCCGAAGAAGGUUACGAUGACGAUGAUGACUGGCCGGAAGAGGAAGACUACACUUAUGGCCGGUGCCCUAAGUUCACGGUGAAUGAAGAAGACGUCUCUUUCAGCGAUCUUGAAGGGGAUGACGAUAUCAGUAGCAUCGCUCUGAAAUCUAAGACGAUCUCGAAAGGUUCAUAACCCGAAAACAGCAUAAAAAAGCCUCGGGAUCAAUCCAAGAUCAUUCAUCGGGAUGGAUGGAUCCCGAGCUGUAAGAACAAUGGGGGGAAAGGCUGUUGCUUCCGGUCUGAUACUCGAGGUCAGUAUAAUCGAUAUCGAUUCUGAUACCGGCUUUUGUGUUUUUUGGUUUGGCUGAAGAUGGGGUCUAAUGGAUCAAUCAAAAACUUUUGUACAUAAGGAUGGAUUGCUUGGUCGGUCCAAAAGGGUGGAUGGAAGUUUUUGGUGAAUUUGAUUGUUUUGUUAUGUUUGUUCAUCAUUGUUUUUUGGGGGGUGAGGGGGUUUAAUUGAGAAUGAUAUUUGAAACAUGUACAGGACAUUAUUUGAUCAUCAGAUUACUUUCAUACAUAUUCUAUGUAUUGCUCUCUGUGUGAGGAAAAGGAAAGUGUAAUGAAAAAAAAACACAUCUUAUGUCUUAA